AAUCUCAAAUCUUUUGUUGUGCUCCGUUUCGACUCAACACACAACUCUCGAUCAAAAUAAAAGCUUUGCCACUGAGCAUCGACACCAAGUAAAAACUCUUGCAACCAUUCGAUACCAGUCAUUCAAGCAACGACCGACCGAUUCAAAAUGGCUGAUCAACUCAACCUGAACGGCUUGAGCCUCAAUGACUCCCGCCAUGCUCCCAAUGAGUUUGGCGGUGGGCAAAGCACCUACAUCCCUCCUCAUAUGCGUGGACAGCCACCACCUGGUCCAGGCGGACCACCGCCUGGCCCUCCUAUCGAUGUGAGUGCCAACGGCAUCGGAGGACCUGGUAACUUCAGCGGACCCCCUCCGGGCGGACCUCCUCCUAUCAAUAAUGGCAAUGCUGGAUGGGCCGCUGCCCCGGGACCAAACGGUGCCCCAACUGUGGGUGGCUAUGGCCAGCAGCGUGGCGGGUGGGACGGCGGACACCGUGGUCCUCAAAAGUUCGACCCGAACGCCUACGGUGCCCCUGGUGGCCGCUCCGCCGGAGGAUAUGGAGCUCGCGGCGGCGGCGGCGGCGGUCCUCCCUCGGGCUCUGGUGACGGAUCUUGGAAAGACGGCAAGCAUAUUGCGGGGCCGCCGAAUCCUCGUCUUGAACGUGAUCUCUUCGGUGCAGCCAACGAUCCUACCAAGCAGCACACCGGAAUCAACUUCGAAAAGUACGAUGACAUCCCGGUUGAAGCCUCUGGUCAAGCAGUUCCCGAUCCUGUUACCCGCUUCACCAAUCCUCCUCUCGAUGAGCAUCUUCUCAGCAACAUCGAGCUCGCUGGCUACAAGGUCCCUACACCCGUCCAGAAGUACUCCAUUCCCAUUGUGAUGGGUGGUCGCGACCUCAUGGCAUGUGCUCAGACCGGUUCCGGCAAGACUGGCGGAUUCCUGUUCCCGAUCCUUUCGCAGGCCUUCCAGAAAGGUCCCACUGCUGCUAUGGCGGGCCAGCAACCGCAAGGUUUCGGCAGGCAGCGACGAGCCUACCCGACCUCGCUGAUCCUCGCUCCUACCCGUGAACUUGUCUCUCAGAUCUAUGAUGAGGCUCGCAAGUUUGCUUAUCGCUCUUGGGUCCGUCCGUGCGUCGUCUAUGGUGGCGCCGAUAUUGGUGGUCAGCUUCGCCAGAUCGAACGUGGCUGUGACUUGCUGGUUGCCACCCCCGGUCGUCUGGUCGACCUCAUCGAGCGUGGUCGCAUUUCGCUUCAGUGCAUCAAGUACCUUGUGCUCGAUGAGGCGGAUCGCAUGCUUGACAUGGGUUUCGAGCCUCAGAUCCGCCGCAUCGUCGAAGGCGAAGACAUGCCCGGCACCCACGAUCGUCAAACCCUCAUGUUUUCGGCCACCUUCCCGCGCGAUAUUCAAGUCCUCGCACGUGACUUCUUGAAAGACUACAUCUUCCUGUCGGUUGGCCGUGUUGGUUCUACUUCCGAAAAUAUCACCCAGAAGAUCGAAUACGUUGAGGACAUUGACAAGCGCUCCGUCCUCCUCGACAUCUUGCACACUCAGGGCGGCACCGGCCUGACCCUCAUCUUCGUCGAGACGAAGCGCAUGGCUGAUGCUCUAUCCGAUUUCCUGAUCAACCAGAGCUUCCCCGCGACUUCCAUUCACGGUGAUCGCACUCAGCGUGAGCGCGAGAAGGCUCUUGAGGUCUUCCGCAAUGGUCGAUGCCCCAUCCUUGUGGCCACCGCCGUUGCUGCUCGUGGUCUCGACAUUCCCAAUGUCACUCACGUCGUCAACUACGAUCUCCCGACCGACAUCGAUGACUACGUUCAUCGAAUUGGUCGUACCGGGCGUGCCGGUAACACUGGUCUUGCCACCGCGUUCUUCAACCGCAACAACCGUGGCAUCGUCCGCGAUCUCAUCGACCUUCUGAAGGAAGCCAACCAGGACCUUCCCACCUUCCUUGAGACCAUUGCCCGCGAGAGCAGCUUUGGUGGUGGUGGUGGCGGACGCGGUCGCUCCGGUGGCCGUGGUCGUGGUGGCGGCGCCAACCGCGAUGUGCGUCGCUCCAACUUUGGCGGCCAGGGCGGUCCUGGAGGAUUUGGUGGAGGGUAUAGCAGCGGCGGCGGUGCCGGUGCCGGUGGCUUCAACGGAGGUGGUGGUGGCUAUGGAGGUGGUGGCUACGGCGGUGGAUAUGGCGGUGCCCCUCCUCCCGCUGGCAACUACGGCGGCGGCAGCGGCGGCGGCUACGGUGGUGGAUACGGCAACCCGUCCGGUCCUCAGUCCUCUUGGUGGUAGACGACGUCCCUUCAAGACCCACGAACCGGCCCCCUCGCGGCCAUCUCUGCGCAAUAGACUCGUGCAACUUCCCUUUUCUUCCCCUUUUCUGUUUCGGAUUCGCAUCAUCGGUUUUCAUCGGCUUUUCUUUUCGUCAGGACUUGA